AAUCCUAAGUUAACAGAGCAUAUGCAUUGUAAUAAAAAGCAAUUUGUUGAAUCUAAGGCUUAAAGGAUCCCUCUCUCUCUCUCCAACUCUCCCCUUUUUCUGUGAACUGUGAACUGUGAACGUGAUUACCAGAAUCAGAGCAGGGCCGCACUAAAUGCAAAUUCACUCUCUUCCAACCAAUCUCUCUCCCUUUCUCCUUUUUCUCUUUUUUACUUCUUCUCUUCUCUUCCCUUUCUCUUUCUCCUAUCUCCCACUUUCCAUCUUUCUUCUUCCUCCAAACCCUGCAAUGUUUCUGAGCCUUCUCUGACCUUCAAUCCCUUCUUCUCUCUUCAUCUCCUUCCAAAUGGGUUGUUGUGUCAGUACUUCUAAGCAUUCUUCUUCUUCUUCUUCUUCUUCUUCACCACCCCACCAUUCUAGAUCUGCCUAUUCCCAUCCCAAACUCAAUCGCAUUGCAAACAGAGCACCCCCUCCACUUGAAGAAGAGUCUGUCAAAGAGGUUCUCUCUGAAACUCCCAAACCCAAAACCCUUUUGUCCAACCACGACGAAUCUGCCUCCCGUAAGGUCAAUGGGAGAAUCCCCAUUCAUCCCACUGAAGAAAUUUCUGAGGUUUCUGAUGUUUGCAGCUUUAGUGAAACUCUAUCUACUACGACUGUGACAGAGAAGCUGGAUGAUUUCGAAGAAAUACGUCAGAGGAUUUGUAGAUCUCCGGCUAAAUUGCCCCAAAACCGGUCUCCCUCCGACGACUGGGCUCCCAAGAGGGAUAGAAUGGUCGGUAAAUCGCCAACGCGAAAAUCUGAUCAGUCGCCUGGCCGGAUUUACGGCGGUGGCGGAACUGUGAAGUUAGUGCAAAGCAGAGACAUGGGGCAGGGACUCACAAGGCGAAGUCCGAGGUCGGAGCCACGCCUGCAGAAUAGAACUGAGAAUGCAUAUCGUAGGUCAAGAUCCCCUGCCUAUACCCGAACCGACGGCGGAGGCUCCAGAACAGGUGCCGGCCGAAGCCCAUCUGUCCGGAGGUCCGGAAUGUCGCCGGGAAGGGAAUCAACACCGGGAAGAGAGUAUUAUCGGAAAGAACCAGGGCAGUCUCAGGAAACACGGAACUCAACAAUAGAGGGAAAAUGGCGGACAACAAAUGAGUCUCUCGAUAACCCACUUGUUUCAUUGGAAUGCUUCAUCUUCCUCUGAAUGAAAAUGGAAUAUUCCGGUCGCACAUUGCGGCCCAGUUCACUGGACUGACGAGUGGCAUUCAAAUUUCUUGUACUCUGUUUUUGUGUGUCUUCCAUUCACGGUGUGAUUCCUAUUUUUGGUCUGGAAAUUGUAGUAAGUUGUAAAUAAUGAAUGUCUGAAAGGUCAAUUUAGGAAACAGACCGUAUGACACAGUUGGGUUUGGGUAGGCAAAGAAGUCUCUAUUUUCUCCGGAAGUAAAUCUUUUGCCAUUGCUGGCACAAAGAUUGCAUAUUUCUUUACUCUCUCUCUUAUUUAAUAUCGUAUUCCCGAGUCAGGAUUUUCAGAGUUCAGAGCCACUCUUACGUCUGUUUAGACAAAAAGGAAGGAUGAAAGAAAGAAAGGAAAAGAAAAGUAAUUAUGAGUCAGCCCAGCAGCUGAGUCCUGAAUUGAAGACUGAUCUAAAAUUCAGAACAGAGGAAGAGUGAAGACGAAGAAUCGAUCACCAUCACCAACCAACUUUUUUUCUUCAGCAUUGGUAAUAGCAACUCUCUUACAAUUGCGUACAACUUUUGCUUUCUGUGUAUUAACCGACAAAAGAAAAACAGAGCAAGCCCAAAGCUUGAGAAUACAGAGAAGCUCCAUGACAAGAAAUGUAGACUUUUGUAGCAGAAGUUGAUCUAAAAUGGAAGUUAAACUGUUGAGGCAAUCUAUGUUGCUCCAUUUUCAUGUAAUAUUGAAUUGUAUAUUAUAUUAGUGAUAUAUGCUGUCUUUUUCUUGCUGAAGGAGUAUCAA